GUGAUCAUGCUGGCAGAGGCUGAUGGGAUUGGCAGUCUCAAACUUCUGGAUGGGACGCCCAGCUUCAUCGGAGAUCUUUUUCGCCCUCCAGGCCUGCAAUUCAGAGUGGCAGCAAAGAGCGAUUCCACUGGCAGAUGCAGAACGUCAAGCAGAGCGGGGUGGACGAUAUGGUUCUCCUCCCCAAGAUCCACGAAGACGCCAUCGUGGAGAACCUCCGCAAGAGGUUCAUGGACGACUACAUUUUUACAUACAUCGGGCCCGUCCUGAUUUCAGUCAACCCCUUCAAGCAGCUGCCUUACUUCACAGACCGGGAGAUCGACAUGUACCAGGGGCGGCGCAGUACGAAAACCCUCCGCACAUCUACGCCCUGGCGGAUCAGAUGUACCGCAACAUGUUGAUUGACGGGGAGAACCAGUGUGUCAUCAUCAGCGGGGAGAGCGGAGCUGGCAAGACGGUGGCGGCCAAAUACAUCAUGGGCUACAUUUCUAAGGUGUCCGGCGGAGGGCCUGGCGUUCAGCAUGUAAAAGACAUCAUCCUGAAAUCCAAUCCUUUGGAGGCAUUUGGGAACGCAAAGACUGUGCGAAACAACAAUUCGAGUCGAUUUGGUAAAUAUUUUGAGAUCCAGUUCAGCCGCGGUGGAGAGCCAGACGGCGGAAAAAUCUACAAUUUCUUGCUGGAGAAAUCCCGGGUGGUCAGCCAGAAUUCCGGAGAGAGGAACUUCCACAUCUAUUACCAGCUGCUGGAGGGAGCCAGCCCGGAGCAGCGGGAGAAUUUGGGGAUCACCAGCCCGGAUUACUACUACUACCUCAAUCAGUCAGCGGCGUAUAAGGUGGACGACAUGAAUGACAGGCAGGAGUUCCAGGAGACUUUGACAGCCAUGGAGGUGAUUGGCCUCUCGGAGGACGAGCAGGCGCUGGUGCUCCAGAUCGUGGCUGGGAUCCUGCACCUUGGCAACAUCACCUUCCACGAGUCGGGCAACUACGCCGUGGUGGAGAGCAAGGAUUUCCUGGCCUUCCCCUCCUACCUCUUGGCCAUCGACCAGCAGCGCCUCCAGGAGAAGCUGACCAGCCGCAAGAUGGACAGCAAGUGGGGCGGCCAGCAGGAGGUGAUUGACGUCACCCUCAAUGUGGAACAGGCCAACUUCAGCCGAGAUGCCCUCUCCAAAGCCCUCUACACCCGCCUCUUCGACUACCUGGUGGACGCUGUCAACAAAGCAAUGGAGAAGGAACACCAGGAAUACAACAUCGGUGUCCUGGACAUUUACGGCUUUGAAAUUUUCCAGAAAAACGGCUUUGAGCAAUUCUGCAUCAAUUUUGUGAACGAAAAACUCCAGCAAAUUUUCAUCGAGUUGACUCUGAAGGCUGAGCAGGAGGAAUACGUCCAAGAGGGCAUCCGAUGGAGCCCCAUUGAUUAUUUCAACAACAAAGUCGUGUGUGAUCUGAUCGAGAACAAAGUGAACCCCCCAGGGCUCAUGAGCAUCCUGGACGACGUCUGUGCCACCAUGCACGCCAAAGGCGAGGGGGCUGACCACACCUUGCUGCAGAAGCUGCAGUCAGCGCUGGGCGCACACCCCCACUUCAACAGCUGGAACAAGGGCUUCAUCAUCCAUCACUACGCUGGCAAGGUCUCCUAUGAUGUGGAAGGCUUCUGCGAGCGCAACCGGGACGUGCUCUUCACAGAUCUGGUGGAGCUGAUGCAGAGCAGUGAGAUCCCCUUCAUCCGAGAUCUCUUCCCCGAAAGCCUCAGCACGGAGAAGAAGGGGCGCCCGACCACGGCAGGCAGCAAGAUCAAGAAACAAGCCAACAGUCUGGUGGGCAUGCUGAUGAAGUGCAGUCCUCACUACAUCCGAUGCGUCAAGCCGAACGAAACCAAAAAGGCCCGAGAUUGGGAGGAGAGCCGGGUGAAGCACCAGGUGGAAUAUUUGGGGCUGCAAGAGAACAUCCGGGUGCGCCGGGCUGGCUAUGCUUAUCGGCGAGUUUUCCAGAAAUUUCUCCAGAGGUACGCCAUCCUGACACCGGAGACGUGGCCGUGCUGGCGUGGCGACGAGAGGCAGGGCGUGGUGCACCUGAUGAAGUCGGUCAACAUGGACCUCGACCAGUUCCAGCUGGGGCGGACCAAGGUGUUCAUCAAAGCCCCCGAAUCGCUUUUCCUGCUGGAGGAGAUGCGGGAACGGCGCUAUGAUGGCUUCGCCCGGGUGAUCCAGAAGGCCUGGCGCAAACACGUGGCUGUCCGCAAAAACAUGCAGAUGAGAGAAGAAGCGUCCAACCUCGUCCUCAACAAGAAGGAGCGCCGUCGCAACAGCCUGAACCGCAACUUCAUGGGCGACUACCUCGGUCUGGACAACCGCCCGGAGCUGCGCCGGUUUCUGGGCCGCAGGGAGCGGGUGGACUUUGCGGACACCGUCACCAAGUACGACCGGCGCUUCAAGACGGUCAAGCGGGACCUGAUCCUCACCCCCAAAUUCCUCUACCUGAUCGGGCGGGAGAAGGUGAAGCAGGGGCCCGAGAAGGGGGCCAUUAAGGAGGUCCUCAAGAGGCAGCUGGAGGUAGAGAGGAUCCAGUCGGUCUCCCUCAGCACGUUGCAGGACGAUUUCCUCAUCAUUCACGAGUCCCACUACGACACCGUCCUGGAGUCCGUCUUCAAGACGGAGCUGCUAAGCCUGCUCUUCAAGCGAUACGGGGAGAGGACCCAGAAGCAGCUGCCCAUCAAGUUCAGCAACCAGCUGGAGUUCAAGGUGAAGAAAGACGGCUGGGGGCCCUGGGGGGCAGCCGGCUCCCGCCAGAUCCAAUUCCAGAUCUGCCAGGGGGAUCUGGCUCUCCUCCGCACCAACGGGAAAGUCCUGGUGGUCAGCAUCGGGCCUGGCCUAGCCCGCAAUGCCCGCCCAAACCGGAAGGACACCAGGAAAAGCCGAUACUCAGCGGGAGGCCCUCCCCUCGGCUGGAAUGCCCAGACCAGCACAGGCUCGGCGUGGGGCGGCCAGGGCCGGGGGACGAGGACCUCCGUCCAGCACCGCCAUUCCAUGACCCGCCAGGCCAGCAUGGAGCAGCCCAGCCUGCCACGCCAGGGAGCCAGUCCACGCGCCAGAGCCUUCCCUGCACCACUCGACCUGGGCUUCAUGGAUGUCCCGGAUCAAGGGGUAGCUGGCCUGCGGCGCCACCUUAGCAAGGAAGCCAAACCCCUGCCAGGCGGGGGCCGUGCCAAGCCCAAACCCAAGCCCAAGCCGCAGCCGUGCCUUCCCCGGUGCCGGGCUCUGUACGCCUACGAUGCCCAGGACACGGAUGAGCUCAGCUUCAACGCCAACGACGUCAUUGAAAUCGUCAAGGAAGAUCCGUCAGGAUGGUGGGAGGGCCGCAUCCGUGGCAAAGAAGGGGUGUUCCCAGGGAAUUACGUGGAGAAGCUCUGAGACAGGGGUGGACACUGCCCCUCUCCUGCGCUGGCAUGAGGGACUGACCCACGGCUUUCGCUUGGUGGAUGGAAAAGACCUGGAGCUUCCUGCAGAACGCAGCAGACACUCGUAGGAGAGCAAGGAAAGGCGCCUUGUUGGCCUGGAGGAAUUGGUGGCACCCAGUGCCCUCUGAGAGCAGCCAACUAGGCAGGAACGAACGUUCGAGACGCAAAUGGCCACACCAAUCGAUGCCAGCCUGCUGGACCUUUAAUGUGUGUGUGUGGGGAGGGGGGGAAAUAGGUUGCCGGGAAAGAAAAAAAGAACUCUAAAAUGUUUUAAAAGCAGAAAAAAAAUUGGGAAAUUUUAAAACAAUGCAGCAAAGCCUCGGAUUUUCAAAAGGUGCCAAGCCGGGAGGGGCUGGGGCGCCCCCCCCCGUUUCCCGCCGACCUGCGUGAAUGCAGUCUUCCGAGAGAAAAGCCCCUCCCUGGAGGAACUCCGGAAAUUGGUGGGCCACACGGGCAACGUAGAGAAUGCGAGUGAAAUAAAUUAUGUACAUGGAGGCCCUUUCUGAAAAUGGAUUUUAUUUAUAGCUGCAUGGUUUUUUUUUCUUUUCCUUUUUUUUUUUUUUUUUAAAAAAAUCACCUCAUGUUCCCUGGGAGAGCCUUCCAGGGUAAACAUUCCCAUGAUUGGCGUCAGGGGAGAAACGGAGGGUUUCUCUGGCAAACCAUGGUUAAGGAAGCAGACUGGGUUAGCGUGAUGCGCGCGUGGAAUUUACUGGCCGAAACCUGGAGCUCUGCAACUCCAAAGGAGCUGCAGCCAGCUCAGACGCCGCGUUUGGCCCCUGGAAAAAGGGAAGCCACAUGGGCACAGUCCCCGGGGUUGGGAGAGGGAAAAUCACCCCACGGAGGCCUGGAGGGCUGAAGACCACCAGCCUCUGGCCUGCCAGGGCUGCCAAACACCACCUCCCCCCCCCCCAGCCAAGGAAAUUAUUUGCACAAUCCCCUAAGCCAGGAGUGCUGGUUUAACAGGGGCCUCCUCAGCAAACGAUAAUAAAAACCUAAUUUUAACCCAUCUCCCGCCCUCUUUUCUUCUUUUUUAACCAACCAGCAAAGGGUCUUUCUGCUCACAGGCUCCUUGGGGGGGGGGGGAAAUAAUCAGUUAGCACCAGUCACUCGACCUGUUUGCUUUCAUUCAUUCAGUUUUUUUUAAAGUAUAUGUUACACGAUUGGUUUAAAGGACACACGCUUCGCUUUGUUAGUCUGCAUUAGUGACAACUCCAAAAAAAAAAAAAAAA